GUAUAUAAAAGCUGCUCCUAAUGCCAGCGAACAAGUGGCUCUUAAAAUUUACUGGGAACAGUCAGGUGGGUUAAUCAUUACUGACAGCAGGAGUCACUACAAUGGCGGAUAAAAUCCCAGAGGUGUUAGCAUGUGGUGCGUCAAUUAUGAAGGAUGUCUGGGAGAUCAGACUGAGGGAGUGUGGGCAAAAACUCCGACAGGAAGAAGACAGGAUACAGAAGAGUGCUCUGGAAAAAAUUAAUCAAGAUUGGCAGGUGCGCAUGUCCUCCAAGUUCAAAACUCCAAAAAGACUAGAGAAAAAAGCAAAACCUCCAGAAGAAUCAAAUCUUCAGGCAUUCAAAACUAAACAGACUCUGGGCAGACCGCAAGGAUUCCAGAGCAGUCGUCCACAGAGGCAAGUUGACCCGGCGAAAACCACCAAAGGCAACAAGCUGGCCCUGUUGCGUCACCUCAAUGAAAGCUGUCCGGGUUUAAUGGUGUGGGCCAAGUCUUGGAAGUUCUCGCUGCCUUUGCCACAACCAGAAGAAAGCAAGGAAUCUCCCCGUGCAUCAGAUUGGGGACAGUCAUGGAAGUUCCUCAAUCGCCAACCAAGCACUGAAGGAAAACCCUGGUCUGAUCUUGGGUUUGACACCAAUAAUAAUAUGACCUCCAAUGGCAUCUUGUUUCUGUGGGAAAGGAUUGGCAAAGCAUUAGACUCCAAGGACCUCAAACGAGACCUGCCUGCUUCCAAAUGGGAGAAAUCUUGGAUAUUCUUACAGAGAAGGAAAGAGUCUAGGGAAGGCACGACCAAUGGGCCUAAGAGCGACCUAAACAGCAACCCAUUUUACAACCUCUGGGAUUCACGCCAUCUAAAUCAGGAAAAUCCAGAGUGGCACGAGUCCUGGAAGUCAACCAAGCCAUUAAAGGAAGGAGAGGCCAGGACCGAUUUAAUUCAGCUUGUAAGUAACGAGGAAGACAAGAAGAAUGAGCAACUUGAAUUGCCCUGGAAUACGUCUUGGAUGUACUUUAAGAAGCAACUUCACAUUAAGUCAAAAACUGCAUUUAAUAUGUCAGUUUGGGGCGAGUCUUGGAUGGUUUCAAAAACCAUAGCGGAACAGGACAAGACGUCAAUCGCUUCUCAAGCAGUCUUCAACGUGAAAAUAAAUGCGUGGAACAAAAAUCUGCGGAUCUCUCAGUUCCGUGAGGGUGAUGUACGUCCAUCUGAAUGGGACAAAUCAUGGGUGACCAUCAAGAAUAGGUCAGAGUACAGGGAAGAGACAAAUAAGGUUGAACAUCCAGAGGAAACCAUGGAGGAACCAAAGAAAAUGGAUGCUCCAAUGUCCAAUCCACCAAUGGAGCAUGAGCAUAUCAAAUUCUAUGUACUUGCUUCGCCAAAAAAACAAAAGCGCCAUGAGAUGCUUAACGCCUCAGGCCAAAACAACAAAGACACGUUGGUUUCAAACUGGAAGGAGUCCUGGAAGAUGUUCAAACGCCAGCGUAGAGAAGAAAGGGCUUUGAGGAACCAGAGACGUCCACCUCCACAACUAGAUGCAGCAUCAGAAACAUCUCAGACCGAAUGGGCCAAUUCCUGGAAGUUCACCAACUUCAGUCUUAACCAGGACACCAGUCUAUGGCAGCAGGGUUGGUCCACCAGUACACAGCCCAGACCUAAUAGACAUGUGAGAGAAAAUGAGAUGUUAAAUGAGUAUGUCCCUCACAAUGGACCAACAGGAGUCCAUGGUUGGGGUGAGUCUUGGAGGUCUACAAGACGUCAACACCGUAUGGAAAAUCAAGGGGUGGGUGCAUCCCAGCCAGUAAGUCGCCAGGCGUACCAAAGAUCUGUUGCAGACUGGGAACAAUCAUGGGAAUCACCAACCAAUCAACGUCAUCAUGAUAGACCAUCUAUGACAGAUUGGAAUGACUCUUGGAGAUUCUGCGCUUUCCAUUGUGACAAUUUGGUAGAUCGUCAGCCUGAACAUACCUGGUUUGAGAAAUCAAUGGAAAUCAAAGCUAGAAAGGAUCUUCACAAAGCAUCAUACACAUUGAGCAGAUCAUUUGAUUCUCAGUCCAAAGAGUGGAAGGACUCAUGGAGGGGUAAGAAAAGAUCAGAUGGUCCUGGGUCUAGAGUUUCAUUUCUCAUUAAGGAGGAAGUGCUAGACUGGGAUAAUUCAUGGAUGUUCAGCCAGCACAGAGUUUUAUAAACGACAAGGUG